CAGACAAAAGCUCUGGAGUUGAUUCCAUGUGCUGAAUUUGUAUUUGGUAACUUGUCAUGGGAACUCUCAAGAUGUGGUCCAAAGAGGUGUCGAUGCAACUGAAGGAAGCCAUCAUUAGGCUGAAAAAACUAAACAAACUUAUCAGACAGAAAGAAAAAAACUUUAGGAGUGGCCAAAUCAACAAUUUGUGUAGUCGAACCUUUACUCAGUACAACGGAGUGACAUUACUGUCUCUAACAAAAUCUCUACAGGAAUCAAGAACAAGCUGUGAAAUGUGUGGUAUCUGGGCUUUGUUUGGCAGUGAUGAGUGCCUCUCAGUUCAGUGUACUAGUGCCAUGAAGAUUGCUCACAGGGGCCCUGAUGCCUUCCGUUUUGAGAAUGUCAAUGACUUCACUAACUGCUGCUUUGGCUUCCACCGGCUGGCUAUUGUGGACCAGCUGUAUGGCAUGCAACCCUUACGCAUCAAGAAGUUUCCGUUCUUGUGGCUCAUCUACAAUGGAGAAAUUUACAACCAUCGCACGUUGAGGAAGCAGUUUGAGUUUGAUUACCAGACUAAAGUGGACGGUGAAAUUUUGCUCCACCUGUAUGACCGCUUUGGCAUCCAGAGGAUGGCUUCUCUCCUGGAUGGUGUGUUUGCUUUCACUCUGCUGGACACUGCCAACAGAAAAGUCUUUUUGGGAAGGGAUACGUAUGGUGUCCGGCCUUUGUUCAAACUCCUCACAAAUGAUGGAUUCCUUGCAGUCUGCUCAGAGGCUAAAGGCCUUACAGACAUUACCCAUGCAAUGGCCACUCCUGCCAACAUUGUCCCUUUUCUCCCUGGGCACUUUGAGGCCUUUGAUUUGAAGCAGAAUGGAAAAGUUCAGUCUAUUUUAAUGGAGCAGUUUCACUGCUGCACAAAAGAGCCUGCUCAUGCCAUCUGCGACACUUUGGAGAGACUACCUACAAGGUUUGAUGAGGAAACAGUGAAAACCAACAUCAGAACCCUGUUUGAGAAUGCUGUAAGGAAACGUCUAAUGGCUCACAGGAGAAUUGGUUGUCUUCUGUCAGGUGGUCUAGACUCCAGUUUGGUUGCUGCCACACUGGUGAAACUGGCCAAAGAGGAGAAGCUGCAGUAUCCCAUCCAGACAUUUUCUAUCGGGUCAGAGGACAGUCCAGACAUUAUAGCUGCUCGCAAGGUUGCAGCUCACAUUGGCAGUGAACACCAUGAGGUGAACUUCACUGCAGAAGAAGGCAUCCAAGCAUUAGAGGAAGUGAUCUUCCACCUGGAGACCUAUGACAUCACAACCAUACGUGCCUCUGUUGGGAUGUACUUGGUUUCAAAGUACAUCAGGGAGAAAACAGACAGUGUGGUGAUCUUCUCUGGAGAGGGUUCAGAUGAGCUGACUCAGGGAUACAUCUACUUCCACAAGGCUCCUACUCCUAAAGCAGCUGCAGAGGAGAGUGUUCGACUGAUGAACGAACUCUACCUGUUUGAUGUUCUCCGUGCUGAUCGCACCACUGCUGCCCAUGGUCUGGAGCUCAGAGUGCCUUUCCUGGACCACAGAUUUACAGCAUACUACCUCUCCCUGCCUGAGGAGAUGAGGAUUCCUAAGCAUGGAGUGGAGAAACACCUUCUGAGGGAAUCCUUCAAAGGUCUCAACUUGAUCCCUGAUGAGAUCCUGUGGAGGCGCAAAGAAGCCUUCAGUGAUGGUGUGAUGUCUGUGAAGAAGUCCUGGUACACCUGCCUGCAGGAACAUCUAGAAUCUAUGGUGAACGAUGAGCAGAUGGAGAAGGCUCAUAAGACAUUCCCUCACAACCCUCCAUGCACCAAGGAAGCUUACUACUUCAGACAGGUCUUUGAAAAGCACUUUCCAGGCCGAGCUGAGUGGCUCUCCCAUUACUGGAUGCCACACUGGAUCAGCGCCACCGACCCAUCAGCCCGUACCCUGUCUAUCUAUGAACCUGAGAAAGACCAGUGAUUCACUGGAACAGCUGUGUGCCUGUAUAUCUCAGUCAGCAAUGAAAUUUGUGGGACUGUGAUGGAGUUUUUCAGACUUUCAAAUUUAGCUGUUCUUUGUCAGACCUAAUGUUUAGAGAGUUAGUUAUUCAGAUUUUGGGAUGUCACAGCUUUGUAACCAUUCGUAUGCAGCAAGGCUGAUAUGUGUGCUCCAGCGGCUGCAUAUCAUUUCAGGAUAUUCAUGUGCAUAUUUAUCCAUUGUGAGCACUUUUUACAACCUGCUACAGGCUCUUUAGUAAGUAAACUGAUGAAGGUUUCGGUUUUCGUGUGCAGCACAAAAGUCAGACCUUGAAAAUCAGCAGUGUGGUGAAAGCACACGUUGGCAGCUUCAUUCUUCUGUCAUUGGUCUGUUCAGCCAUAGUACUGCUGUGCACUGAACUUAAUACACAAUGUAGUUAACUACGCAAAUUGGAAGAAAAUAAACUUUAAGCAUAAAAAGACGUCUUGGGUUGCAGUAACAUGUUAAUUAUGAACUGUGAAAGCCCCUUUGGUAAUAGAUGUGCUGAUUAAAAUUCAAGAUCUGUUUAGUAAGAUGCCCAUGAAAUAGAUGUUGGAAGAGGGCACCUGAAACAUGUCUGGUUUUGAAAGCGUGACAUCCUUGGCAACACAUUUUAGUGCACAAAAUAACAGAUGUUGAAGCAAGUUGAUGGUCAUUUUUGAGGUUAAGUUUGUCUUGUAUGUAGAUAAAGAUUCCUUUUAUGCACUGUUAAUGUAUAGUGCACUUGAGUGUUACUUAUUAGAAAAUGUUGAAAUACAACUUUUGGGACUGCUGCUUUAAUCUGUACUGUAUAACAAACUCCUUCUGAUGAUCUGAUUUGUCUGGCCAGUUGAUAAAUCCUACUAAUAAAUCAAAAAAUCUCUGUC